CUGGAACACACAACACUGAGACCGCGGAAUUUUGUGAAGUGCCAUGUCGAGGGUGCUCGCGACGUUUAUGGGCCGCCUUCAGCGCCCGAACCUCCUUCAUGCACAAGGCUACAUUGGUGGAAGUUGGGUCAAUGCCGCUUCGGGUGAGACGUACGACAUUCAGAAUCCGUCGAAUGGCGCCACAGUGGGCACGAUUGCAGCCAUGGACGUGACAGAUACGAAUGACGCCGUGGAAGCUGCUGGCGAAGCGCUGGCCGCGUGGAAAUCUCGCACGCCGUUUGAACGGUCUGAAGUGCUACAGAAAUGGGACCAACUCCUUCGUGACAACACCAAAGACUUAGCGGUCAUCAUGGCCACCGAGAGCGGAAAGCCGUUGGUCGAAGCGGCUGGCGAGGUCGCGUAUGCUGCUGACUACCUGCGCUUCUUUGCGCACGAAUGCCUUCGCUAUGAAGGAUUCAUGAUCCCGAACCACGUCCCUAGCCGUCGGCUAAUGGCCAUACGCCAACCCGUCGGCGUGUGCGCUAUGAUCACGCCUUGGAACUUUCCCAUUGGGAUGUUGGCCCGUAAAGUUGCGCCUGCGUUGGCCGCCGGAUGUACGGCAGUUGUCAAGCCUGCGGGCACGACGCCACUGUCGGCGCUUGCCUUUGCCACGUUGGGCCAUGAGGCAGGGGUGCCCGACGGUGUCCUGAACGUGGUUCCAGCCACCCACGAUGCUGCACCACGCAUUGGACGCGCCUUGGCCACCCACCCCACGGUGCGCAAGUUGUCGUUUACUGGCUCGACGUCGGUCGGCAAGCUCCUGGCAGCGCAGUGCGCCACUACGAUGAAGCGUGUGUCGAUGGAACUGGGCGGCAACGCGCCUUUCAUUGUAUUUGACGACGCCAACCUAGACGAAGCGGUUGCCGGUUUGAUUCAAGCGAAGUUUCGCAACACGGGGCAGACGUGCGUGUGCCCAAACCGCGUGUUCGUUCAGCAAAGCAUUUUGGAAGAGUUCACAGGCCGUUUGGUCGAUCGGGUACUUGACUUGACGCUUGGCGACGCUGUGUCGUCGGGGUGCAACCUGGGGCCGUUGAUCACGCCAACGGCUGUCGACAAGGUAAUGGAACUGGUCUCGCAAGCGGAACGAGCUGGCGCGCAGGUGGUGGUGGGAGGCCGCCCGCAUGCUGCCCUCGGUCCAAACUAUAUGCAAGCGACCGUACUCUCCAAGGUGACGAUGGACAUGAACAUCGCAAACGAAGAAGUAUUUGGGCCCGUUGUGCCUGUACUGUCGUUCGACACGGAAGCCGACGUGGUUGAAAUGGCCAACGCAACGGACGUUGGACUAGCAGCGUAUUGCUACACGUCCGACUUGGGUCGAGCCUGGCGUAUGUCGGAAGUUUUGGAAACGGGCAUGGUGGGCAUAAAUGCUGGCAUGAUAUCCGCGGUGCAGGCACCAUUUGGUGGUAUCAAGCAGUCCGGGCAAGGUCGGGAAGGGUCGAUUGUGGGGCUGGACGAUUACACUGAGCUGAAAUACGUGACCAUGGCGGGGCUUGCGUAGCACGGGGACUCCUUUACUACAGCACAAUCUAUCGGAGAGCGCGGUCGUGCCGUCAUUAGACCGCGGUGAUGCUUGCGGUUGAUCGGUUGAAAUGCUUUGUUACACUUAAAGAAAGCAUAAAAAUGGCCAAUAAUUGUGAAAUAGUUGCAUUUGAUUGG